CUUCUGAUCAUUUGUGCCAAACUAACGAGUUUGACGCAUCGGAAACGAUGAGCGAGGCCACACAACAAGAGACCCAGAGAGUUGAGUUGAGCUUCAGUUAUACGCUUGAGCUAUGGAUGUAUGGAAUCGCGUUCUGCGUGGGAUUGCCAGCUUUCAUUUUCACAGUCGUUCGACUCGCUCGAUCACGCUCCUCACGACAACAUCUCGUGUUGGCUGCUCGCCUGUUUUCGUACAAAAUCAGUUUGUCUGUAGCGGACUGCAUCGUUCUCUUUAUCUACGCUCCAACUCAGUUUGCAUGGAUUCACUCAUACUGGUGGUUCGGCGGUGACAUCGGAUGCAGGCUAUUCAAAUUUAUAUCAACAUUUGGUUUUCAUUUAACCGCUAAUAUGCAAGUACUGGUAGCGGCUGAUCGUUUGCUCAUCACGGCAAAAAUGAACAGAGUUACAAGAAAUAUUAAAAAACGACAGUACAAUACGCGACUUUCUCUAGCAGCAGCUUGGAUCCUUGCACUGAUUUGUGCCGGGCCUCAACUCAUUCUCUUCAGGCAAAAAACUACUCCACAAGGAUACCCUCAAUGUAUUUCUAUUUGGACUGAGCAUCGUGUAGACUUUUAUGACCGGCUAGAACUCUUGGAGCAAUAUGCAUACAUGCAGCACGAGCUUGCAAACAAGUCACCAAUCUAUUUUUUCGAAAAUGGAACAUUGAGGUACGCGAAGGAAGACUUCCCAUCCGAGCCAGGAUUCACUUUAGAGGAGCUGCACACCAACAACAGAAAUUGGCUUUAUUUGGAAAGGCUUUAUAAUGUUUUACAUCUUGCAACAAUCUGUGUAAUUCCAUAUGCAAUGGAGUUGAUAUGUUACACACUGAUUUUGUACAUUUUGAAGGGAGCAUCUAAAGGACGAUUUGUUAGUCUGUCUGAUAUUGUGAAAGACAUUUUCUGCUGCUGUAAACGUGCAAGGCAACACGAGUCUCCAAUCGAGUCAAAUGUUACACAAGAAUCCGACAAUUUGAUGGCCCGUGUUCCUUCUAAAACGAAACGACUGCAGAACAUCGCGCCGGAAGGUAAAAGUUGCGAUAUGGAACGUCGGCGAGCUGCAUCGGUAGAUGUACCAAUGAGAAUUAAAAACUCAUCUAGUCUUACAGUAUGCAUUGACGAAAAUGGCUCAGCUACUGCAGCGACAAGACCUGAAGUGACCCCACAAGAGCAGGAACCUGAAACCAGAACGCAAGCUUUCAAGCGUCGAGUGUGGAAUUUCCUGUUAGACCUGUUCCACAACGGAUCAGAAGGUUCAGUUCAUUUCAACGGACAUAAAACAGAGCUUCGGUUACCAAACCUGACAAAGGGAGAAGCACGAAGGCAAAGCGCUCCAGCGAGUGCUCGAUCAAACACUCUCUGGGUGGUCACAGUGGAUACAGCACGCCGGAACGCUCGGUGGAAGGCUUUUAUCAUGCUCUCCCUCAAUUUGGUCUUCUGGGCUCCAUACUGCAUUUUGGCAAUCACGUCUUCCGUUAUCAUCUCGCAAUAUCUGACAAAUUUCCAGUUUGUCAAUGCACUGGUCACAUUCAAUGCAGUUUCAAAUAUUAUUUUAUAACUAAUAAUUAUUCCAGUUUUUCCAUCUUUUCCUAUUACAUAGUACAAUUUUUGCCAACACUUGAUCUCAGCGUAGUCCCCCAGGCCUGAGUAAAACUCACACGAGUAAUUGAGUUCUGAAAUUUUUCAGUCUAGUUUUUGUUGUAUUGCCUAAAUCCCGGUCAGUGAGCCCGAGUGAAUUCAUAUUUAUCCCAGUACCUUGAAUCAAAAGUUCAUCACCCGGUAAAAACAAAUUGUAUUGUUUUGAAAUAAAAACGUUCAUCAACUAAAA